AUGACGGCCAGCAAGAUGACGGCCAGCAAGAUGACGGCCAGCAAGAUGACGGCCAGCAAGAUGACGGCCAGCAAGAUGACGGCCACAGCUAAAGCGGCGUUCUUGACAAACCCUUCUGAAGCAGAUCCUUACUCGUACCAGAUUGGAUUUGGGAACCGCUUUGCAUCAGAAGCUGUGCCUAAUGUAUUGCCCAAAGGACAAAAUGUUCCUCAGCGAGUAAAGUAUGGUUUAUAUUCAGAGCAGUUGAAUGGGGCUCCCGUAUUGAGCUCUAGAGAUGCGAUCCGACAUGUAUGGAUGUACAGGAUGCGGCCGUCUGUGGCUCAUGGCCGCGUUUCCCCAGAUCUUAAUCUGAAUGCUAAUGUGAGUUUCUCAAGAGAUGGUCGGAGCAAACCUAACAAGAUGUGGCAGAUCGAAUCUUGCUUCUCGCCAUCGAACCACAACGUGGAGUUUGUCGCAUCACAGCAGGCGUGGGAUCCAUUUCCCAUCCUAGAGCCUAUUGCGCAUGGAUCAUCAUCUGUUGGCACAGAAUUUAUUCAGGGUAUCAAGACCAUUGGCGGCCAAGGAGAUCCCACCCUUAGAGAGGGUGUCGCGGUCCAUGUUUUCUCAGCGAAUAUCUCAAUGGAACACUCGGCAUUCUCCAACAACGACGGCGAAUUUCUAAUUUUGCCUCAACACGGCAGACUAAAUAUACAAACCGAACUGGGCUGGGUCAUGGCGCGUCCUGGAGAAGUAGUGGUAAUUCCAGCCGGAAUUCGAUUUCGUGUUCUUCUUCCAGAUGGACCGGUAAGAGGCUAUAUACAAGAGGUCUUCGGCACACAUUACGAGCUUCCGGAACUCGGUGUUGUUGGCUCCAAUGGUCUAGCACUCCCGAGAGAUUUUGAGUCUCCAGUUGCUAGUUUCGACAUUGAUGACACGCUAUGGACGGUUACGUACAAGCUGGCGGGCACCUUGCAUAAUUGCAAGCAAAACCAUUCUCCAUUCGAUGUUGUGGCAUGGCACGGCAAUUUGGUUCCCUAUAAAUAUGCCAUGGAGAAGUUUGUCAACAUGGCAAAUGCAAACAAAGAUCAAGCCGACCCGACAAUUUACUGUGUCUUAACAGCCAAAUCCAAAGUACCCGGUGUAUCACUCAGUGACUUCCUAGUUUUCACAAAGAAAUGGAUCACGGCGGAAGAUACCUUUCGGCCGCCAUACUAUCACCGAAAUAUGAGCACUGAGAUUAUGGGUUUGAUUUAUGGAAAAUAUGGUGGAUCUAGUCAUGUCUUGGAUGGUGGCGGCCUUAGCUACGAAGCGAGCUACAUGCCCCAUGGCGAAACGUAUGAUACGUGGAAAGAUGCCACCAAUCGCGAGCUGGAGAAUGUGAUUAUCUGUGAGGAUACGAUGGCGUUCAUGUUUCAUAUCAGCGUGCCAGUAUUGCUUACCAAAUGGGCGACACGUGGCGACGGGUCCAAGUGCCUUCAUACGAGUGACCCCCAUCAAUGGGAUAGUUUGAAGGCCCAUUUUUUGGAUCACUUGGAAGAAGUCAAUACGGACCUGAAGGCUGCUGGACUCCCGAUAUUAGCGCAGCAUGAUUAA